UCGCCAAGCAUCACUCCCCUCUUACAGCCCUCAAUCACGAGCUGACAAGAAAGAGCGAGAGUGACUGAUUCUUCUUGUGAGAAAGGGAGAGCUUUUUUUCUAGUUCAUUCUGUGGAAAGCAUCCCCGCAUGUGGGUGACGACCCCAUCUUCUUCCUCUCCCUAACUCACCUGUCACACCGACUGCAUCCCCAUGAGCCCCGGCUUUGGCUCGGCUGGCUUAUUGCAGCUGUAAUUCACCUGUUGAGUUGAGUUGGUAAGUCAAGUUAUCAGUUGAUUAAUGACGACCACAUUCCCUUCAUUGAUUGAAUCCGGCACACCGAUCCGACGACACAAUCCUUCAUUCGCAUAUCAACGAAGUACUUCCCGCCGCAUGCUAUAAAAGAAUUAUCAAGGACCUUGACUACUGCGCAACAUUGGUCAAGACCAGCAAGAUUGUUACUAUAAAGCCGCGAAGAAGAGGUGUCGACCACCGCAAUGGAUGCUUCCAGUCCUGUACCGUCAGGCCCAAUGCCAACUUCGCCUCCGCCCUCCGCACAUUCCUCGACCUCUGCCACUGGCAGUACUAUUGCUACAAAUAACCAUGGUUGCCUCUCGCCAGCACCCACGAAUGCCGACACCUCAAUCAUGUCCACCUCUCCCACCAGCACACGCAAGCGCUCGAUACAAGAUUUCGAGACAGUCGGAAUGGGCUUAGAGGACCGAAUGGCAGGGAGUAACUUAAAGGGUAUAGAUAUUGAAUCAACCGGUGAGACUAUAGAUGCUAGUGCCGUCUCCACGCAACGGGCUACGAUGACGGGUACCACGACUAAAUCCUCCCCUGACGAUGACAAAGAAAAUCAAGAUGCCCUUCGGACCAAUGCCCAAAAGGCUGCUAGUUCUGACAAUGGCUGUGAUACUGCUUGGUCUGUAGGAGAGGGAGAGGGCAACCAAACUACCCCCACUGCAGGCACCGUUGUUACUCCUUCCAUUUCCUCAUCGGACAAUGAUCAUAGGAGUAUUGCUGCUUCGGGGGAUGGGGCCGGGUCUUUUGUGCUACCAGCGACCAAGAGGAGAAAGCUUUCCCCCCCGAGUAAGGAGGCUAAGCAACAGGAGAGGGAGGCCAAGGAGCGACAAAAGCAACAGGAGAAGGCGCGGAAAGAGGAGGAGAAGGAAUUGAAGGAGAAGCAGAAAGUAGAAGAAAAGGCAAAGAAGGAGGAGGAAAAGCGCAGACGCGAGGCCGAACGGGAAGAGGAGAGACGUGUCAAAGAGGAAGAGCGGAAGAAGCGAGACGCUGAGAAGGAGGAGGAACGAAAGCGGAAGGAGGAAAAGCGAAAGGUGAAGGAAGAGGAAAAGGCCGCCAAGGAGGAAGAAAAACGAAAGAAAGAGGAGGAAAAGUCCAAGAAAGAGAGGGCUCAAACGAAGCUGAAUUCUUUUUUCGUCAGACCCAAAUCCGACAUCGCCUCCUCCGUGCCCUCCUCGACCACCAGCACCAUCGCCCCAAUUUCCACCAAGAAAACAAUCAGCACCGGAGCUGGAUUGGAAUUCCCCUAUGACCCGGCCCCUCCCGCCGUAUCUGACUACCAGCGCGAGUUUCCUGAAUUCUUCCGGCAGUCGCACACCAAAGUUGCACCGCCACAUCAAUUUCAACGUGACGCGGAAGCCCUCCAUCGUACCCAAGAGAAGGUCGACGCCUAUCUAAAAACGACCGCGACCGAAGAGCCUCCUGUGUUUCGUCCUCAGGAGUUGUUCAACCUCAUCCCGUACAGGCGCAGGUGUGGGAGAUUGCCCGCUCCGGUGAAGGAGAUCCUACUUCAAAUGCAAAGUCUGGCUGACGAGGCCGAAACGUCAGAAGAUGCCCAGAGAAAGCCACGGGAUUUGCUGCGCCAAAUAACGAUGAAGUCUUUCAGGUUUGGGGAAGAUGUACGUCCUCCCUAUCAGGGCACAUUUACGAAGCGCCUUCCCGAGUCCACCGCUCGUCGAUUGAUGCGCAACCCUUUUCACCGAGUAAUACCGAACAUCAACUACGACUAUGACUCCGAGGCCGAAUGGGAGGAGCCCGAGGAAGGCGAAGAGCUCGACUCGGAGGAAGAUGAUGAGAUGAGUGAGGACGGCGAGGACGAUAUGGAUGGGUUUCUGGACGACGAGGAUGACCAGCUUGUCGACGGCAAGCGACGCCUCAUUGUGGGCGACCUAGAACCUGUCAGCACCGGCAUACAAUGGCAGGAACACGGUGUGAAUUCCGAGCUGCAAAUGUACAAAUUGGAGACCAUUUGCGACUCGGUGCCUUUCCCUAUCGAUCCGUUUUCCACCGCGUAUUGGCAAAAGCCCAAGCCUGCAGAAUCUGCGCCAGGCGCUGCGGGUCUGGGGCGGUCGACGCUACAUGCAUUUAUGGGCCAGGCUGUCUCCGGCUCACACAAGGGCUCGGCUGGGGGAGGAUCGACGGCGAGUGGGGGCGCUCUAGCGGUGGUUACAGCCGGACGAACUAAGCAGCGGACAUUCCCAGCUGAGCAGUUGGACGAAUUCAAGCAGGUGGUAGAUGGCAGCAACCUGACCAAGGUGGGAUUGCUUGAAACCUUGAAGAAACGGUUCCCCAGGGUCUCGAAGGAUGUCCUGAAAGACACGCUCAACAGCGUGGCCACGCGAGUAGGACAAAAGGAGGUUGACAAGAAAUGGGUCUGUAAAUAGGCUCAGACAAAGGACAGCAGCGAGGGGAUACAACGCAUUCAAGGGGUGGCAUCACCACCCUUGUUCCUAAUCAAUGGGCCCAGUCAAUUGAGCUGAUCGACAGGCCGUUCGGCAAGAAUCCGUGCCCUUUCUUUUACAUAUCCAUACUUAUCUCUAUUCCCCCUAUUCUCUAUUCUUGUCGUGUCAUUUGUAGUAUGCAUCCUCUGCAGUUGCGUCUUGUGUCUUGAACAUGACUGUGUUCAUCCUAAGGCUGCUGUGGUGUGGUGAGAGGGGAAGAGAGACGGCUGAUAUUGAUCUUAAUUGAUACCUCAUUGACUGGAUUGAGGAAGACUCUUGAAGCAAUCUGACUGGUUUCCAAAUUCGCUGUUACUCAAUGCUUCUAUACAUCGUCUCUAUUUUGAGGAUCUACUUGUGAGUGAGAUAAAUUGCUUUGAUGGAUG